UGUUUACUAAAAGUUAGUUGCUAGGGACGCGGAGUGACGCGCUUUCCACGAGAAGCCUUGUGCACCACUGCUGGAAACACUUACAAACUUUCUACGCGUAAUCCUGAACGCGUUAGAGAAGCGCGCGGACAUGCGCUCGUAUAAACAGCAGAAGCGCGAGAAUAACACAGCUGGGAGUUUUCUGCCUCCUGCGGUUCACAGCUAUAAGCAGCAUCUAGCAGCAGUGAAGUGUUUUCUGCCCGACAGACUGACACAGACACCCCUUGAUCUGAGGUUAUCAGAUGAACUGAAGAAAGCUUUGAAUGUGGACUCCGUGAAACCAAACGCCUCCAAAACUGAUGGGCGUCUGCAUAUGGCGGUCAGACACCUGCGCGCUCCUGUACUGGCCGGUGAGAGUGUGUUUACGGGUGCGCAGCGCUGUGUUUUCUCCCUUCCUGUGGCACUUCCUGUCGGGAUGGUGGCGGAUCUGGGGCCGCAGGCGUACAAGAUGAAGCCCCAUCGGAUCGCUCACAGCGCAGGGGCCGCGUCUGCUCACAGUAAAGCAGCUCUCGCUCACAUGUGCGGUGACACAGGAAGUCUGCGUGACAGUUCUGCCCCAAGUUUCCCGUCUGCCAUCGGCUUCAGAGAUGACAUCACAUCCUGUCCGGAGAGACUGGAUCUGGACCGGCGCGGUUUGACGUCGAUCCCCGAUCUGGACGGGAGUGAGAAACUGCGUCUCCUCAACAUGCAGCACAACCUCAUCUCACACCUGCAGGACCUGGUUCACCUGCGGCACCUGGUGUUCCUCGAUCUCCAUGACAACCGCUUGAUUGACAUGUCUGGCAUCUCCGCCCUCGGCUCUCUGCGUGUGCUGCUGCUCGGGAAGAACCGAAUCCAGAGGAUCUGUGAUAUGGACGGCCUCACCAAACUCGAUGUUCUGGACUUACACAAUAAUCAGAUCUCUCAGAUUGAAAACGUGUCUGGUCUGUCGAAGCUUCGCCUGCUGAAUUUAUCAGGAAACCGCAUCACUCGAGUGGAGAAUCUGCAGGGCUUGAAGUGUCUGACCGAACUGAACCUGCGACACAACGGCAUCACGGCUGUGACGGGUGUGGAGCGUCUUCCUCGUCUGCAGCGCGUGUUUCUCAGUGCUAACAGCAUCAGCAGUUUUGAUGCGCUGGCCUGUCUGUGGGACUGCCGCUCUCUGAGUGAGCUGAGCGUCGAUGGGAAUCCUGUGGCGCUGGAGUCAUGCUACAGACAGACGCUCCUCCGCUGCUGCUCGCCACACCUUCAGCUGCUCGACAUGAAGCGCGUCACAGAGGAGGAGAGACGCACGGCGAGUGUUUCGGCACGAAAGGAGGAUGAGAAGAAGAAAGAGAGUCACAAACUGGCUGCGCACAAGGAAAGGCGUCGACUGGCGAUCCAGAAUGCCGCGCAGCAGUGGGAGGGGCUUAAAGCGUGCCUCGAGCUUCCUGCGCAGAACGGCUCAAAGGAAGACGUCAGUCCAGAAAAUAGCCCCGCCCACAGCCCCGCGCAGACCAAUGGGAACACUCAGGAGACUUCGCCGGACGAGCCCAGGCGCUUGAGUCCGCUCACAGUCUCAGCAGGAAGUGACGGCAGGUUGCGAUCGGCCAGCCGCCCAAACAGCCCCAGAGACCCCAGGCUGCAGGAUGGCGGCGGUCCGAGCGUUCAGAGUCUGUCCAUGUCUGACAGUCACCUGGCCGAGCUGGACGGAGAGACGCUGCGUCUGUUCGGCCCCGGGGCCCUGGAGACGCUGGAGCGCUGCUGGGGCGUCCAGACGGCCGCGAGCGUCACCACCGUCGCCUUCCGCUACAUACACUUCGACUCCAUCAUUCCCAACUUCCUGCGCAUCCGCCUCAAAUUCCCAAACCUCACGCACCUGAUGUUCAUGGAGACGAGCAUCAGUCAUCUUCCUCAGCUGGCGGCUCUGGCUCAGAUCAGACGUCUGGAGCAGAUCAGCGUCCAUCCGGAGGGGAAUCCUGUGGUGGGACUGACGCUCUGGAGAUCUUUCCUCAUCUACAGACUCCAGCAUCUCAACCUGCAGAAGGUCAACGGCACGGAGGUGACUAUGAAUGACAUCAUGGCCUCUGAGAGGAUGUUCGGGGCUCUGGGUCACGUCGCUGCUACAGAAACGCCGCGCUGUCGUCUGCUGCUGCUGCUGGAGGAGUCCAGGAAGCGGCAGCUGCAGUUCCUGCUGGACGGUCGCGGCCGGAGAAGCGGUCAGAGUCCAGAGGAGCUAAAGGAGAACGGCAAACAGCUGGGAGACGGUUUGAGCCGAGCGCUGUUCAACUAUCCCAGCCGAGUGUCCGACGGCCCAGAGGAGGACGGCGGUGACGCGACGCAGCGCUCCGCGAUGGUGCAGCAGUAUCUGCGAGGUCUGAUUCACCGAGCGUCUGGUCACAGCGUGAAGGCCGAUGCGCUGCAGAAGCUCUGGCCGUCGCUCUUCGCCGAGCUCGUGAGAGACUGUGUGCUGGAGAUGAGAGACAGACAGGCUUUCAGACAGACGAGCCUCCAGCGGCUCACGCACAGCAAAUGACAGACGUCCCUCGUCCAGAAACAUCACAGACUUUGACAUCAUGUGAUAAACACAGAGGUGUUUUAACCUGUUACCUGCCACCCCCUCCCCUUCUGAGCGUAGACAUGAAAGUGCACUAUAACUUAAAUAGAUGAAUGCUGACAUAAAGUUUGUCUCUUUUAAAGAAGACACUGAUAAGAUUAUUGCAGAAGUGAAAAAAGUUUACUGUAAAACAAAUGUACUGUACUAUUUAUAAGAUCAUAUAUUUUACUCUAAAAUUGGAAGAAAAUCAAAGCCAUAUGUUUAGUUCCAAAUUUGAAGUUGAUAUCACAAAAAUUGUAGUUCCUGUGAGAUUUUGUUUAGGCGCUGUACCAAAAAUAGCCACCAGGUUUUGGAAGCUUGUUUCCACCACUGAAUAAAAAAAAGUAAUUACAACAUUUUAUUCAGAAUUGCGAAAUAUAAAGUCGGAAUUGCGUGAUAUAAAGUCGGAAUUGCGAGAUAUAAAGUCGGAAUUGCGU